AUGUCACAUGAAGAUAGAGGUGGUGACUACUAUCCAAUGAUGGACGAUCCAGAGGAUAGAAAUUUUAUACAAGCAAAAUAUCCAAACUCAACAGGUCAUAUGUCAAGUGGUGGUGGUAGUAAUCAUAUGUCAUUUGAUGAUAACCAUGGUAUAGAAAUGUUAAGAGAUGAUGAACAUUCUCUUUUACAUGAAUCACCUGUGUCAAUUCCAGCAAUUCACAAUUUAGAUAGUUUUUUAACAGAUGUUUACAAUUAUUUUCGUGGUAAAGGUUUUAUGUGUAUAUUUUUUAAUGACCUUUUCGAAUUAGUUUCAUCAUUAUUUGUUGUUUUAUUUUUCACAUUUUUAGUAUGUUUUGUAGAUUAUAGUAAAUUAUUUUCAGAGCAGAUGCCUCCACCAGCAUUAAGAGAGUCUGUCAAUUUUUCAGCACCAAUACCAAUUUGGUUAAUGGUAUUUUUAGUGAUAUUUUCAUUAUAUUGGUUAAGUAAAUUAUUUUCAUUCUUUUCUAGUAUUAAAACCAAUUGGGAAAUUAGUAGUUUUUAUAAAAACACUUUAAAGAUUAAUGAAGAUGAUAUUCAAACAAUAGAAUGGAGAGAAGUUGUUUCAAAGAUCGUUUUAGUACCAAGACUAUGCAUUGUCAAGGAGAAUAUGAACGCUUUAGAUAUUGCAAAUAGAAUUAUGAGAAAAGAAAACUAUAUAAUUGGUUUAAUCAAUCAAAGAAUUUUAAAUUUAUCAAUACCUUUCCCAUUCCUUAGAAAUUUAACUUUUAUAACUAAAACUUUAGAAUGGAGUUUAAUGUAUUCUUUAUUUAAUUAUAUUUUUGAUGAAAAUGGUAUUAUUAAAAGUGAAUUUCAAGAUCCAACUCAAAGAAAAAGAUUAUCAAGAGGAUUAUCACGUAGAUUUAUGACAAUUGGUAUAUUAGGUUUAUUUACAACACCAUUUAUAUUCUUUUUCUUAUUAAUAAACUUUUUCUUUGAAUAUGCUGAAGAAUUAAAGAAUAGACCAGGUUCAUUAUUUAGUAGAGAAUGGUCACCUUUGGCACGUUGGGAAUUUAGAGAAUUAAAUGAGUUACCUCAUUAUUUUCAAAAUAGAUUAAAUCUUAGUUACUCUCAUGCUAAUCAAUAUGUUGAGAGUUUUCCAUCACAAAUGUUAUCAACAAUUGCAAAAUUCAUUAGUUUCUUAUUUGGUUCAGUUUUGGCAGUUUUCAUUGUUUUGGGUAUUGUCAGUGAUCACUUUAUAAUGAAUUAUCAAAUCUUUGAUAGAACCCCAAUUUGGUAUAUUGGUAUUUUAGGUACAAUCGUUGCAAUUACUCGUUCAUUGAUUGUUGAUGAGAAUCAAGUUUUUCAACCAGCUAAACAUAUGGCAAGAACUGUUCAAAACACUCAUUAUCUUCCAAUGAGUUGGGUCGGUAAAACUCAUACUCAUAAGGUACGUGACGAAUUUUUGGUACUCUUUGAAUAUAGAAUCGUUGAUUUCGUUAGGGAUAUCUUUUCAGUUCUCUUUACACCAUUCAUUUUAAUAUUUUCUUUACCAAAAUCUUCACAAGCCAUCAUUGACUUUUUUGGAAACAAUACAGUGGUUUUAGAAGGUGUUGGUCCAAUUUGUCAAUUGGGUGAUUUUUCAAACAUUAGAAAAUUGGGUGAUAAUUCAUUUGGUUCAUUAAAUCAUUCUCAAAAUAAAAUUAGUUUAACAAAUAAUGCAAAAUUAGAGAAAUCAAUUAUAAACUUUAAAUGUUUAAAUCCAGAAUGGAAUACUGAUAAUAAUGAAUUACUUCAAAAUCUUAAUGAAUUUUCAAAGAUAAAGAAUAAUAAUAAUAAUAAUAAUAAUAAUGGUAGCAAUAAUCAUAUUGGUAAUCAUUCUCAACUUCCAACAACUUCAGUAGAUGAUUUCCAAUUUAUUCAUGAUAGUCAUUAUAUUCCUCAUGAAAUUAUUGAUGCCGUUUUGGGUACACAUCAUCAUUCUCAACAAUCCAAUAACAAUGCUCCAAGAUUUAAAACUGGAAGAGUCGACCAAAAUAUUUUAAACGCUGUCAACGAUCUCCAUCAAUCAUUUUAUGAAUCCCAAUAUAAACAUAAAAAUGAUAACUUUGUAAAUUCAAUUUAG